AUGGCAUAUAGUUUGACAGAGGGAUGGGCGGAGGGAUGGGCGGAGGGAUGGGCGGAGGGAUGGGCGGGGGGAUGGGCGGGGGGAUGGGCGGAGGGAUGGGCGGGGGGAUGGGCGGGGGGAUGGGCGGAGGGAUGGGAGGAGGGAUGGGCGGAGGGAUGGGCGGAGGGAUGGGCGGAGGGAUGGGCGGGCCUGGAGACAGCAUGGGAGGUGCGGCCCCUCUCACGGCCCCUUGCGCCGCCCUUACGACCCCUCGUGCCACCCUUACGGCCCCUCGCGCCGCCCUUACGGCCCCUUACGGCCCCUCGCGCCGCCCGUCGGCCCCUCGCGCCGCCCUUAGCGGCCCCUUACGGCCCCUCGCGCCGUCCCUUACGGCCCCUCGCGCGGCCCCUUACGCCCCUUACGGCCCCUCCCGCGGCCCCUCACGGCCCCCUACGGCCCGUCGCCGCCCUCCGCGGCCCCUCGCGCCGCCCUAUCGCGGCCCUGUCGCCGCCCCCCCCCCCCUCCGGCCCGUCGUCGCCGCCCCUGCCGCAGCAGCCGCCGCCUUCCCUACGACAGCGGCCGCCGCAGUCCCUGCAGCAGCAGCCGCAGCCGUCGCCAGCAGCAGCCGCCACCACCUCCCUCGGGGCCGCAGCUGCUGCCGCCGCUGACUGCACCCGCCGGUGCGCCUCGGCCCUACCGGCGCCACUCCACCCGGCCCCGCCGCCGCUCCCCGAGCGGCCCCGCCGUCACCACCGAGCCGCCGGCGCCGCCGAGCUGCUGCCGAGCUGCCCGAUCCACCCGAGCCGCCCGAGCCGCCGCGCCACCUGA